ACUUGGGAGAACCUUAAACCAAAACAACCUUUAAAUAACACCUAUGGCGGAGAAAAUGCUUUCCAACUCUUGUUGGCCAACACUGCCGAUAGCAAAGCCGUUACAUUGUAUAUUUAUAAAGAUAUCGACUGGUCAAUUGGGGUUUUUAGAAUGGAUUAUGCUAAUUUCAUUGGAGCAAGUGACUUACCUGUGAUUGGUUAUAAUUCAGAUAACGAAAAUUUUGAGAAUUUUCGAACCUCUGGAACAGUUAAUGCGGAAACAGUUGAUGAUUACAUGAAUCCCACAACAGGAAAACGAGGAGAAAUUGCGUUUGAUUUGAGUUUGAAGAUAACUGAAGCUCCUCUUACAAGUGCAGAAACGUGUAGGCGAUGGGUUAAUGAACAGGUUGCAGAAAACAUCAGACGGGGGAAUUGCUCAACACCUUGUGCUCCAAAUCUACAGCUGGCUUUUCUUAGUUUAGGAAGUAAAUUUAUUACAAACUACCGUAGAUUUAAGGCAGGGCUUUCAACUGAGCUUGAAAACUUCUGCAUAUUUAGCGAUCAAAUAUCAACAGGAAACAGUGCGGAUGAGUGUUGCUAUAGAUUUCUUGGUAACAAAUCUUCAUACGAACAGUCUUUUAUCACCAAUCAAUAUCAGUCAUUUUUCCUAAGCACGAGUUCUCUAAUAAAUGCUGGUCCAGGGCACUGGCAUCAGUUUCAUCCAAGACAUGAUUUUAUGAAAUUUCAAGAAGAAGAGAAUCGCUACCAAGAAUGCUGCACCAACAUUAGUAGCACCCAAGAAUCAUGUUCGUUGUUUUAUAGCGUCCGCCCAAUAUGUAAUGACUCCCUCUGGACGUUUCCAACAACGUGGGGUUCUCUGUAUGGUGAUCCUCAUUUUGUCACACUUGAUCGUAAAAACUACACUUUCAAUGGCUGUGGUUGGUACACAUAUUUUAAAGGAAAUAUCCCAGGCAACAAUAAAAGCUCCCUUGUGGUUCAAGUUCGAACGUCAAGAGUGAAUUUUGUACUGAACGCUACAGGUUUUACUGCUAUCGCAAUAAAAGAAGGUGAAACAGAGACAAUUCAGGUUAAUCUGAAUGUAUCAGGUGGGCUUAAUCUUCAAGUAAACAAGGCUGAAGUCAAUCUUCCUCCACAAAAUGGAUCCUUACUUGAUAGUGGCAUUUCUUUAUCUUAUCUUAACAAUACGUUCGAAAUUUCAACACCUCUUGGGAAUGGAGUACGAAUAAAUGUAGCAGCAAAUGGUACAUUUUUUACUUUUGUCGUUGCUUUGCUGCAAGAAUAUAAAAACUCAUCGCUAGGACUCGCUGGGAAAUGGAAUGAUGAUAUUGAAGACGAAUUUACUCUUCCCAAUGGAACAGUUUUACCAAUUGAAGCUAGUGAUUCACAAAUUUUCUAUAACUUUGGAGAAUUGUGGAGAGUUCCAAACAACGAAGUAAUUUACCAAUCUGAAAAUGAUGAGGCUUUCAGGUGUCCUCCAAACUUUGUACCUGUGUUUAUUAAUGAAGCAUUGAAUAGUCUUAAUGCCGAUACCACGUUAAAAGAAGAGGCUAAUAAAGUUUGCGGUGAGGAUGUUACUUGCCUCUUUGAUAUUGGUGCAACACUUAACGUGGAGAUUGGGAAGUCAACAAUCGAUGAAAUUACCACAAUAAACAAUGAAAUUGAAGAAGCAGAAAACCGGCUACCUUUUUUCAUUGGAAAUGUAUCGACUAUCAACGUAACUCUCGGAGAAACAUUUAACUUGGUGUUAGAAGCAGAAGAUCCUGAUGGUGAUGCUUUGUCUUUUGCAAUUUCUUCUCUUCCCAAUGGGUCUUACUUUACCCAAACUGCAAAGCAUUUAAAUUUUACUUGGAAUGUUCAAUCUGACGAAGUGGUUGGUCUUACAUUCAUUGUCACUGAUUCAAAGAAUGGAUCGGCAACACUGAAUCCAGCUAUCCAACUUUGUAAAUGUCAAAAUGGUGCUUGUUUUGUACCUGCAGCAACAUCCGACGAAGUAGCUGCAUCUAAAUCUUCAUUUCUUAUAAUGUCUUGCGCAUGUCAAAUGGGCUACACUGGUCGAUUUUGUGAAUCAAUCCAAGAUUUCUGUGAAGGUGGUUUGUCACCACCCUGUCAUCCCUUGGUUACUUGCACCAACAAACCAACUGGUCCAGAAUGUGGCGGUUGUCCCAGUGGAUAUGAAGGAAACGGAUUAUUUUGCCUUGAUGUGGAUGAGUGCACAGAAGGUGUGAGUGGGUGCAAUCAACGUUGCACAAAUAACGCAGGCUCCUUUAAAUGUUCUUGUAUGAAUGGGUUUACUUUAGACUCGGAUGAAAGAACUUGCAAUGACAUUAAUGAAUGCAGAAGACCAAAUGAUUGUGCUCAGAUUUGUAGAAAUAACAUUGGCUCAUUCAGUUGUGGUUGUCGUUUUGGAUUCGUGGUUGAUCCAAAUAAUUUGCAAAACUGUAUAGCUCAAACAAAGUGCAGCGAAAACCACAAUUGUUCGCAAGAAUGUUUUUUUGAUAGUUCAAAAGGAGAAACAUGUAUGUGCCGUUCUGGAUACUUACUUCAAUCUGACGAGAAAACGUGUGAAGACAUUAAUGAAUGUACAAAUCCACGAAGUAACCUCUGCUCCCAAAGGUGCCAAAAUACAAUAGGAAGUUACAAUUGCAUAUGUUUACCUGGAUACACUUUGACAGGAAUAACGAAUUGCGAAGACAUUAAUGAGUGCUUAAUGGGCAGUUUUUCGUGCAAUGGAACCGGAGAAGUGUGUGAAAAUCUCCCUGGUGGCUUCAGAUGUAGAUGCUCAAGAGGAUUAAACUUAGUCCUGGAAAAUGGUAGAUGCGUAUUUCAAGACGGAAAUGUUGUGGUUGAUGGUGCUCCACCACCACCUAAGGCAAACAACGAACAAAUAAAUAAUGCUGUGGAAAUAACAAUCGUCAACUUCCAGACCUCAAAUUACACAGAAGAGAUAAACGACAAAUUCAAACAAGAGGUGGCCGAUUUACUUAAUGCCUUUUGCAACGAGAAUGAACUACGUCCUCAAGAUUGUGGCGUGUCGCAAAACUCUUUGCAGCUUAGUGUACUUAACGUGGAAAGACUUCCUGGUUAUCCAAAUAACACUGGAAACAACGUCACUCUAAGAUUUUAUGUUGAUUAUCCAGAAGAUAUUCGAAAUGGUACAAUGAACAGAGCAACAUUAGGAUCAAUUGUUUUCACCGAAUUGCAAAAAUUGCAAACCGCUCUAAGCCUGACAUUAAUUGUUAACACACCACUACUUGGAGAUGUGACACCACCAUCUGCAGCACAACUCAAUAACACCGUCUUGCUAACCAUUUCCAAUUUUGCAGCGAACCAGUGGACAACAUUAUACGACAGAAUUUUCAGAAGAGCAGUGGCUGUCACUAUUAAUAAAUAUUGUGAAAGGGACAACUACACUCGUUCUCAAGAUUGCCUUCUACUAGGCUCCGACAGUUUCCAGGAAGGACAAGUUAGUCGGACACCAGGCUAUCCACGUGCGAAUGGGCAAGGUGUUGAUAUCCAAUUUUAUGUCAAUCAAAAAAACUCACAAAAGCCUCUUCCUCGUCUUACACUUGCAUCAAUACUAGCUGAAACACCUCUAGAGGAUGCCCUGUCACGAAAAGUUGAAAUACGAUCUUCAUUUAAGCCCCUGGACCCACCACUUGCUAGCUCUGAACAAAUGUCUAACAGUGUUGUCAUAAGAAUCGAGUUUAGUUUGAACCAGUGGAACUACUUGAUCGACCGCCGAUUGAGAGCAACUGCUAUUGCCCCACGUAUUACCGAGUAUUGUAGUUCAAAUAACAUAGAUUGCCAAGUACAGAAUGGCACAUCGACGUCGUUUACCGUUGCUGAUAUCCAGCGUAAUUCAAGCACAACACCCACUCAAUUCAAUGCCAAUGAGAUUGAUUAUAGUUUCUACGUUAACUAUCCUGAACAAAACAAUUCUAUCACACGGGAGAUCCUUGCGUCUAUUGUAAAGGUUGAGUUGGGUGCAAUGCAAUCGUUAUCAAGGCUCUUAUUUUCACUUCAAACAUCGUUUGCACCUUCCACUCCUCCUGAACCAACCAAACUUCAGUCCAGAAACACAGUUCAAAUCAAGAUCAAAAGCACAAAAGCUAAUCAGUGGAGCGCAAUUCAAGACAACAAGUUCCGAAAAGCUAUCGCCUCCCAAAUAACGAAAUAUUUCUCUGAUAAUUUUGCUAUAUGUGUAUUUGAAAGUCAGUCAACAUUUUACUCUUCACAAGUGAUUCGUCUUAAAGAUUCUCCAGUACAAGAUGGCGCCGAUGCUACAUAUACGUUCUUUGUUAACUACCUUCCACCACGGAAUAGUCCCAUACAACGCAAUUUUCUUGCUGGGAUCUUGAUGAGCAAAAUUAAAGAACUUCAAACGGAAACGAAAUUUGAUCUAAUGGUGAACACAUCCACAUUAGCCGCACCAGCUACUGCUGCUGCAAAUAAUAAUACUGUUAUCGUUGCUGUUCUUAAUUUCACAGCAGAUCAAUGGUCGGCAGUACAAGAAAAUUUAUUUCAAUGUUACAUGGCAGCAACAAUUGCAGAAUUCUGUACGGAAGGUCGUGAAUGUAGAGCUACUAGGAAUCAAGUUUCGAAGUCCAACGUACAUAUUGUUCAAGGUUCUCCUAGACAAAAUGCUUCAAAUGUAAAUAUAGAGUUCUUUGUAAGCUAUCCUAGUGGUGGUAACUUAGCAAAAGAACUGCUUGUGGUGAUUCUUAACCGAAAUCUCACGUCAAUUGAAUCAAACAUUGGGCUUAGAAUCGUUCUUCUUACAACAAUCGUUGUUCCACCCCCACCAACAGCUAAUGAAGAUAAUGAGGCCAAUGCUAUAAGCAUCAUAAUAAAAAAUUAUCAAGCGAGCCAGUGGGAUCAAAGAGAUACGCUUUUCCGAGAAAAUAUGGCGGAAGAAAUCAACAUUUUCUGUGCUGAGGUUGAUAUUUGCAAUCCUCCAUUGGAUAAAGGAAACAAUCUCACCGCAGAAAAUAUUCAACGGUUGCCUGACUUUCCAAUCCAAGUUGGUAACAAUGCAAAUCUAUCUUUUUACGCCGAGCUUCCUCACAGAAAUGAGUCGUUACCUAAAGACCUUCUCGCAACAAUAUUCAUCGAAAAACAAGAUGCUAUAUUGUCUGGUCUGGAAAUUGAAGUUCCACCUGUAGACCUCCCUCGUGCAAAUCUUUCACAAGAGGAAAAGAAUAACACAGUGACUCUUGCGAUACUCGGUCGCAAUGUCGAUAAGGUAAAUCUGUUUGUCAUUUUUGAAAUAAGAAGAGUAAUGGCAGAAAGAAUGAACGAAUUCUGUUCUAGUACUGACAUAGAUAUUUGCCGACUUCAGAGAAAUAGUCGAAGAAAGAAAAGAGCAAUUAUUGGCCAAAGAUUUAAUGGAAAUGAUAUUACGAUCGACACGGAUUCCAUUACCAGUGUUGGAGGACGUGCAGAGUUAGGAAUCGGUGUCAACAAGCCCGGUGCAAGAGAUCCAGUCGAAAAAGUAAUCGUUGAAGAAGCCUUAAGUCAACCCUUACAAGGCAACAAUCUUCAACUGACUGUCGCUGAACCAAUGAUAAAUACAACAAAUCAUCCAAACGCAGUAACUCUUACUCUGAGGAAUUUCAAUCGUUCACAGUGGACACCAUCCCUUGAAAUAUCGUUUCGUUACAACGUGUCGCAGGCUGUCAUUGGGUUUUGCAGUUUGAGAUUGAAUUUGUGUAACUUUACCAGAAAUCAAGUGAAUAACAUCGAUUUCCAAAACGUCGAAAUAUUAACAGGCUCUCCAUCACAAAAUGGAGUGGAUUUACUGUUAUCCUUCUUUAUUCAAAAACCCGAGGGAUCGACAUUGUCUCCAGUGGUCCUUGCAACUAUUGUGGAGUUAGUAAGAAUAUUACCUAACUCCUACUCUGUGGAAACAUCAGCAGUAGAUGUCAACCUGUCACAACAGCAGCGGUCAAAUCUUGUAAAUCUCACAAUAUUCGAGAGCAGAAUUAUCAACGAUGAGGCGCUGAAAUUGGACAUUGAAAUUUCGAUAGCAAAGAGACUAAACAUGUAUUGUUCCAACAGAAAUGCUUCAGAAGUUUGUCAGUCUAACAAGAAUUUCACCUUCAGCGAUAUCAUUACUCGAGUUGAUACGCCAAAUCUGAUCCGUUUCGUCGUUUUAAAUCCCGCCACAACCAAUCCAAUAUCAUCUAAUGAUGUCCAGGAGACCAUAAGUGGAAAUUUCACGUCAAACAUUUUUAAAAUACGACUUUCUAUCGCAGCCUCUCCCACCACAGCCCCUCCAACCUCAGGUUCAUCUUCCACCCCACAGCCACCACAACCCGAUCCAAACUUGGCCAAUGCUAUCAGCAUCAUACUGAAGAAUUUUACUGCGAGAGAGUGGGGCACAAUAGAUUUGGUUUUCCGACAAAAAAUGGCUGAACAAAUCAACGUUUUCUGUGUUGAGGAGACUAUUUGUCAUCCAACGUUGCCCAAAGGAAUCAACAUCACAGCAAAAAAUAUUGAAAGGCUGCCCAACUCGCCAUUCCAAGUUGGUAAUAAUGCAAAUCUAUCAUUUUACGUGAAGAUUCCUCCCACAAAUGAAUCAUUGCCUAAAGAUCUUCUGACAACAAUCUUUACGGAAAAACAAGAUGAGAUAUUGGCUGUUUUGCCAGGUGUACUGAUUGAAUCUCCUCCAGUAGACCUCCCUCGUCAAAUACUUUCACCUGAGCAGAAGAAUAACACAGUGAGACUUACGAUAUUCGAUCGUGAUGUCAGUAAGAUAACUCUUCUCGUCAUUGUUGAAAUAAGGACAGCGAUGGUACAAAGAAUGAACAUGUUUUGUUUCGGUACUGAUGGGGACGUUUGUCAACUUCAAAGCAAUCUUCGAAGAAAGAAAAGAGAAGCUACUGGCCAAAGAUUUAAUGAAAGUGACAUUACUUUCGACACAGACUCCAUUGCCAGUGAUGAAGGAAGUACUGGGCUAGGAAUAGGCGUAAAUAAGCCUGGUACAACUGAGCCAGUCAAAAAAACUGUUCUUCAAGAUGCUUUAAGCACACCCUUACAAACCAAAAAUCUGCGACUGGCCGUUCUUGAAGCAGUGAGGAACUUAACAAGUCAUCAAAAUACAAUGGCGAUGACGAUGAUGACGACGAUAACGAUAAUGACAACGACGACGACGAUGAAAACGCCGACGAUUACAAAGCCGACGAUGACAACGCCGACGAUGGCAACGCCGACGAUGAAAACGCCGACGAUGGCAACGCCGACGAUGACAACGCCGAUGGCGACAGAUGACGAUGUCGAUUUACCAUUAAUAUUGGGUUUGUCUAUUGGUGGUCUGUUGCUGUUUGUUUUUUGUAAUCGUUUCAAUUAUAUAUUACAAGACAAAGCGGUCCAGUUCAUGGAAAUUUAACUUUCCAAGGCGUAAAGGAGUGACUCUCAAUACCACAGGUAAUAGUGAGGACGUCCAAGCAGAUUUACAAGAUUUCCGAUCCUUAUCUAAUCGUGUCGAUACGAUACAUGGAAUUAACGUAGAUGGCUCGCAAUCAAAUGUUCCAUAAGCAACUUAGAACUACACAAAUCUAAAGAAAAUGAUAUAACAGGAGCUCAAUUUAGAUUAAAUUUAAACUAAUUACAAAUAAGUAUAUAUAUAUCAUGUAAAUAAAUCACAAAUGGUUCACGUCAAAACAACAAAUAAAAGUCUCAUGUAUUGUAUUGCCAACACAAAAAAACCUUUGUGGGCUGAAAUGCUUUUACCUCAAACAUUCUUUUUGCUAUUUGCGCAUUAAGGUAAAGUUUAUAGUUGUAACAAUUACGCGUUAAUAUUGAAGUCUAAGAUGUUCCAGACUUAAUUUACCUAUCGAAGUUAUUGGAUAAGGACAGUGUCUUCACAAGCGACUUAAUAAAAUAUUGUUGUAGCUACUCGUUGUGGUGAGAACAACAUAAUACUAAAGUAUAAUGUUAUGAAUUGGUGGACAAAGCGUUUUGUGUUAGGCUCCUCAAUGAAGAAAUGAUUCUUUUUAAAAGACGAUCGCAGAAUUUAUAUUGAUACAAUGGAUGACGUCAAUGUUCUCCAUGAAAUCCAUGAAAAGGUUGGACAUAAAUCAAACGAAGUCAAUAAAAUGGAUAUUGAAAAAUUCUCAUAUUUUGACAAUACAAUAAUUGUAUAUUAUGUUUCAGCAUUUAUGCUAAGUCCAAAAAUCAGGAGGAAUUUUGUUGCUUGCUAUAUAUGUUAUUAUAACUAUGUAGCCAUAUGCGUGGGAUCUUACAACGUCACAGUUAAUAUAGUGUAGACGUAAAUAGACUGACAACAUAGCAAAAGACAUGGUUCAAAUUCCUUUCAAUAUUAUUGACAUGUGUGCAUAGUAUUUAUAAUUUCUGAAAAAAAUAAGACGAUGACGAAUGAAGAUAAGUGGAGAAACAAA